AUGGCGGCUCUGGCCUACAACCUGGGCAAGCGGGAGAUCAACCACUACUUCAGCGUGAGGAGCGCCAAGGUACUGGCGCUGGUGGCCGUACUGCUGCUCGCGGUGUGCCACCUCGCCUCCCGCCGCUACCGAGGCAAUGAUUCAUGUGAAUACCUUCUCUCAAGUGGCAGAUUUCUUGGAGAGAAAGUUUGGCAGCCUCACAGCUGUAUGAUGCAUAAGUACAAAAUCAGUGAAGCAAAGAACUGCCUCGUAGAUAAACAUAUUGCAUUUAUUGGAGAUUCCAGAAUUCGUCAGUUAUUUUAUUCUUUUGUGAAAAUAAUUAAUCCUCAAUUCAAAGAAGAAGGAAAUAAGCAUGGAAACAUUCCUUUUGAAGACAAGAGUGCAUCAGUUAAAGUGGAUUUUCUGUGGCAUCCAGAGGUUAAUGGUUCUAUGAAACAGUGUAUCAAAGUGUGGACUGAGGAUUCUGUUACAAAGCCCCAUGUGAUUGUAGCAGGAGCUGCCACAUGGUCUAUCAAGAUUCACAAUGGCAGCAAUGAAGCGCUUUCCCAAUAUAAAAUGAAUAUUACCUCCAUAGCACCACUUUUAGAAAAACUGGCAAAGACUAGUGAUGUUUAUUGGGUCUUACAAGAUCCUGUUUAUGAAGAUCUAUUAAGUGAAAAUAGGAAAAUGAUCACUAAUGAGAAGAUAGAUGCCUACAAUGAAGCUGCAGUCAGUAUUUUGAAUAGCAGCACCAGAAACUCUAAAUCAAAUGUUAAGGUGUUCAGUGUUUCCAAACUGAUUGCUCAAGAAACCAUCAUGGAAUCUUUGGAUGGCUUACAUCUUCCUGAAUCAAGCAGAGAAACUAGUGCAAUGAUUCUUAUGAACGUGUAUUGCAAUAAGAUUUUGAAGCCUGUAGAUGGUUCCUGUUGUCAACCUCGGCCUCCUCUUACUCUCAUACAGAAGCUAGCUGCUUGCUUUUUCACUUUAUCUAUUAUUGGAUAUUUAAUUUUUUAUAUAAUUCAUCGUAAUGCUCAUCGGAAGAAUAAGCCUUGUACUGACUUGGAAAGUGGAGAAGAAAAGAAAAAUAUUAUCAAUCCCUCUGUGUCUCCAUUAGAAAUAUUUUUACAGUCUUUCUGCAAACUUGGCCUGAUUAUGGCUUAUUUCUAUAUGUGUGACCGGGCAAAUCUAUUUAUGAAGGAAAACAAAGUUUAUACACAUUCAACUUUCUUUAUUCCAAUUAUCUACAUCUUGGUUUUGGGAGUAUUUUACAAUGAAAAUACCAAGGAGACUAAAGUAUUAAAUAGAGAACAAACAGAUGAAUGGAAAGGCUGGAUGCAACUUGUGAUUUUGAUUUAUCAUAUCUCUGGAGCAAGUACAUUUUUGCCUGUGUACAUGCACAUUCGGGUUCUGGUUGCUGCGUAUCUAUUUCAGACAGGGUAUGGGCAUUUCUCAUACUUUUGGGUCAAAGGAGACUUUGGAAUCCAUAGAGUAUGUCAGGUCUUAUUUCGUCUCAAUUUCCUGGUAGUGGUGUUAUGCAUAGUAAUGGAUCGGCCUUAUCAGUUCUAUUACUUUGUCCCCUUGGUCACUGUAUGGUUCAUGGUCAUAUAUGUUACUUUAGCACUAUGGCCACAAAUAAUCCAAAAAAAAGCAAACGGAAAUUGUUUGUGGCAUUUUGGCUUACUGUUGAAACUAGCCUUCUUGCUGUUAUGUAUAUGUUUUUUGGCAUAUUCUCAGGGUGCAUUUGAGAAGAUCUUUUCUCUUUGGCCAUUGUCCAAGUGUUUUGAACUGAAAGGCAAUGUAUAUGAAUGGUGGUUCAGAUGGAGGUUAGACCGUUAUGUAGUCUUUCAUGGAAUGUUGUUUGCUUUCAUUUAUCUGGCUUUGCAGAAGCGCCAAAUACUUUCUGAAGGAAAGGGUGAACCUCUUUUUUCAAGCAAAAUUUCAAAUUUUCUAUUAUUUAUUUCAGUAGUUUCUUUCUUGACCUAUUCCAUCUGGGCUAGCAGUUGUAAAAACAAAGCAGAGUGCAAUGAACUCCACCCAUCCGUUUCUGUGGUACAGAUUUUAGCCUUCAUCCUUAUAAGGAAUAUCCCUGGGUAUGCUCGUUCAGUUUACAGUUCAUUUUUUGCUUGGUUUGGAAAAAUUUCAUUAGAGCUGUUUAUUUGCCAAUAUCACAUAUGGCUGGCAGCAGACACAAGGGGUAUCUUGGUACUCAUACCUGGAAACCCUAUGCUCAACAUUAUUGUCAGCACUUUCAUAUUUGUUUGUGUGGCACAUGAAAUUUCUCAGAUCACUAAUGAUCUUGCACAGAUUAUUAUUCCUAAAGAUAACUCAUCUCUGUUCAAAAGAUUGGCAUGUAUAGCUGCAUUUUUUUGUGGACUCCUCGUCUUAUCAUCCAUUCAAGAUAAAUCAAGACAUUAGGAUUCUAAGAACUUAAAACUCUUCAGAUUAACUUUGAAUCUACCUAGAGGAGAACAGCAUCUAUCUGGAGAUGUAUUGUAAAUGUAUAUGUAAAUAAAAUUUGUGUGGCAAGAAGAUAGCUCAGUGACAUCUGUUGAACACGUGUGGUUGUAUAUUUUGGAAAUGUACAUAUACAGUGUGAAAUACUGAAGAAGAUUGAAGCAGAGUGCAUUGUAUAGGAUUGCAUGUGAAAAGUCUUUCCUACUGGAUCUGCAUUUCCAUUUAUAAGUGAUUUUAAGUCAACAUAUGAAGGCAGGGAAAUAACUACCUUUCCAGUAAAAAAUACAGAUAAUUUAAUUAGCUUAGUAACACCACUGAGUGUUUUGAUAUUUACUAAAUUUAUGGUAAUAAAAAUUAUAUGCACCUAUAUUCAUCAUUGAACUUCCUACUUCAUCGAAAACUUUCUUACUCAAGAAAGAUUGCAGUGUUGUUUCCUUAUAUGUGCAAUGAUGUGGAAUGACAAACAAUAUCUUUUAUUGUUCAUGUUCUGAUAUUAUGUUUCCUGAUAUGAUUUUUCUUCCUAACUGUGGUUUUCAGGUAUAUAAGCCUAAAAUCUUUGUACACUUUGUCCCAGAGUUGUUCUAGGCUUGAUGACAGGGUUUUGUCAUUGAUGCUAUUGUAGCUUUUUAUAAAAAGCCAAAUUUUCUUUCCAGUCCAAACAUGCACCUGUUUCCUUUCCUUAAGCUGCACCAGUGUAAUGCCAGUUACCCUGUGGAGGCAUCACAUAUGCUUUCCCCCAUCUAAUUAGUUUUUGUAUAUUAUUUCCAAUGUUUGGAAGCUCUUUAUAACAUUUUGGUAUUUCCUAUUACUCCCUCCUAUUUUUUAAAAAAAUAUUUAUCAAUCUAAAUGUGUGCAGUGUAGUAAAGAUUCAAGAUAUGUUUGAGAUGUAUAAGUAGAAUUUUAAGUAAACUGGUCACCUUGGGCAAUGUUUGUUUUUGGUUCUGUUACAGGCUUAACUGUUAGAGGUAUAAAUUUAUUUAUCUGUUGUACAGAUUUGAUUAUAGAUUUUAAUGUUUUAAAAAUUGCACUUGUUUGCUGUUACUGUGUAUGGGGUAAAAUAUUUUUUGUUCAUGGUAUAUGAAAAUAUGGAAUAAUUUAAACAGUAAAUAAACAUUCUGUGGAUGCUUAUUUUUGUAUUGUAAAGUAUCAAUUAAACUAUGUGGUUUUUUUAAA